UUUUAAAAAAGCCCAGAUAUAUUCCUCCAUAAUUAAAGGAAUGCAAAUUCCAUGGAGGAAUAUCUCUUGGGUCUUAUUAGUUUUGUUUGCGUACAAUUGUCAAACAUGUAACGGGCAGGAUUACGGCGGAGAGGAAAAACCGGCAGCACCGCCACCGGAGCAAGAGACUUGCGAUGGAAUCUUCAUUACCUAUAAUUUCGAUGGACGAGAAAAGAUAUAUCCAUUAGUGAAGAAUGUAUCUGCACAGGGAUGGUCAUUUAAGUCCAUGUUAACGGUGUUGAAUGCAGGAACUUUUGAGCUGAAAUCAUGGCAAGUUUUCGUCGGAUUUCAGCAUAAAGAGCUUUUAGUAUCGGCGGACGGUGCGGUUGCAAUUGACGGCGAUGGAUUUCCGGUACGAGUGGGUAAAAAUGGUACAACAUUGGCUGGGUAUCCACAAUCCGAUUUGAAAACGGCGAUUGAUACCGCCGGUGAUUUUACUCAGAUGUCAGCUCAAAUCAAUAUUAAGGGGACGCAAUUUGGUCUUAAAGAGAAAACAAAUCCAAUGCCUUCAACAAUCAAGCUCGUCAAUGAAGGAUACAAAUGCCCUGCUCCUAAGCGCUAUAAAACUUACAUGCAUGUUUGCUGCAAGAGGGAUCCUAAAUUCAAGCCCAAGAAGGUGAUCACCAAGUUCAUGCCUCGUCGUUAUGGAGACCUCUCCAUAACUUACGAUGUUCUAUCAGCAUUCGCGAAUAGGUACCAAGCUCAAGUCACAAUUGACAAUCUUAAUCCUUUGGGUCGUCUUGAUCAUUGGAACUUAACGUGGGAGUGGAUGAGGAACGAGUUCAUUAACACCAUUAAAGGUGCGCAUACUCACAAAAUAGAUCCUUCUGAGUGUAUUUACGGACCACAAGGACAAUAUUACAAGGAUUUCGAUUUCACUCCUGUGAUAAAUUGCCAAAAGAAACCAAUCAUUUCCGAUUUACCCAAGGAGAAAGCAAACGAUGACAAAAUUGGGAAGUUGCCUUAUUGUUGCAGAAACGGAACUCUUUUGUCACCUAUCAUGAAUGAAACAGAAGCAAGGUCCAUUUUCCAGAUGGAAGUUUUCAAACUUCCCCCUGAUUUAAACAGAACCGCGUUAAAUCCACCUCAAAACUGGAAAAUCGUGGGAACAAUUAACCCGUCUUAUACAUGUGGACCGCCAGUCAGAAUUGAUCCAUCAGCAUUCCCGGAUCCUAAAGGAAUCGGAAUUGCUACUGCUGUUGCUAGCUGGCAAAUUACUUGUAACAUUACUCGUCCUAAGCCCAAAGCAGCCAAAUGUUGUGUUUCUUUCUCAGCUUAUUAUGCUGAAUCUGUUAUCCCCUGCAACACUUGUGCUUGUGGCUGUGAACAGACGUCUAAAUGUGACGCGAACAAAAAGCCACUACUUCUCCCUCCAGAAGCGCUACUCGUCCCUUUUGAAAAUAGGGACCUAAUGGCGAAAGCUUGGAGCAAUAUCAAACAUCUUGGUCCUAUGCCUAAGAAACUACCUUGUCCUGAUAAUUGUGGAGUGAGCAUCAAUUGGCAUGUUGAUAGUAACUACAAGACAGGAUGGACUGCGCGUAUAACGCUCUUCAACUGGGGAAACAACGCGUUUGAAAACUGGUUUUCCGCGAUCCAAAUGAAGAAAGAUGUAGCUAAUGGCUAUGAAAACGUGUACUCAUUUAACGGUACAAAGUUACCUAAAGAAAAGAGCAACACUAUAUUUAUGCAAGGUUUACCUGGUUUGAAAUUCUUGGUUGGAGAGGUUAAUGGGACUAAUCCUAAUAAGGAUCCAAGAGUACCUGGAAAACAACAAUCAAUUAUUUCAUUUUUGAAGAAGAAUACACCACAUAUUAACGUCGAUGGUGGCGAUGGAUUCCCUUCUAAGGUGUUCUUCAAUGGGGAAGAAUGCGCGCUUCCACCAGAGUUUCCUAAAAACACUGCAGCAUUCAAAACCAAAUUUGGUGUUUUACCAGCAGUUUUGCUUGCCCUCUUAACUUUCCUUCUUUUGACAGAUUGGUUACACUGAUCAUCACUCAACAUGACGGUAUAUAUAACU